ACAAAAGACGUCAGGGGUCUAUGACAUAAUUAAGACAUGAAAUUAUUGAAAAAUAUUGUUUUAAAAAUUCCAGCAGGACAAGGGUUAAAGUUUACAUAUCACUCUCGGUACUCCAGGGAUUACAGGUCUGCUCUUCCUGUUUAAUACUGCCGGUACUUCCGCCAUCUCUUGCGAAGGGAGUUGUGGGCGUUGCCAAAGUGCUCCGUGACAAAGUUGGCAAUCAUCCAAAACAAUGUACCUGUACAAGGACCUUAGGUCAUGUUCGGGGCAACAUAGGUGUCCGUGGCUACCUCUAUUGUGCCUGCUCUUCUGCCUGACAGUUUCAGCAACCGUUACAGAACCUUUGGAUCAACAGUGCAUAGAAGACGGCGAGGUUGCGCAAACACAGUGCCCUGCUAUUCCACGGCUCCACUUUGCUGGAAGGUUCCUUGCCGACGUACCAACCCUGAACAACGAACUUGACAACUUCAACAUCGACAACUUCGUCUUCCACAAAGACCCAGGUUUCAACAAGAUGGGCAGCGGGGACUUCCGAUUGGUCAACUGCAGCGUGACGCAAGUCUGCCUUACCGACGGGUCAUGUGUUGAUGAUGACCCCAUUGUUGGACAGCCAAUCAUCAGGUCUGCAGGCAAAAUGGUGGACCAGGAUCCUGAAAACCAGUUCCAACCGGUCCUCUGGGGGCUUGCCAUCGGGGUGAAUGGGUUUUUCAAGGGAGACCUGGUGCCUCGGCCGGUUCAACACUUCCACGACGCCUGCGAGGGAGACCUGUGCCGGGAUCCCGCCUAUGAUGGAGCCAUGGACUCUGCCACGCACGCCUCCACCCUUCAGAAUGUCGUGUGGAUGGAGAACAAAUCCACGUUCAUGAGUCAAGUCAGGUCUCUCCGAUGUAAGAGUCGUCAUUUCAGCUUCCAUGUCAAGAUGACACUCUACAACGGGAUCACUGAGCCAGAGAGUGACGAGUUCCCCUAUGGCAGGGUGGUUGGUACGAUUUUUGCCACCGUUUCGGAAAGUCCGCUUCCCUUCGGCCCGUACAACAGAAUGCUGUGGGGGGACGGGCGGCCGCCACUUCACCACGCACCAUUCUACGUGGACAAGUGCAGGAAGUCGAUUGUACUCGACUUUUCAAACAGCGUGAGAUCAGACGUGUUCGGGAAGCUUGUGAAACCAGCGGGAGGGAGGAUGUACCUACACCAGUUCAACGGAACAUACACCCGCUGUAGCGACUGGCAGAGGAACGGCGGGAAAUUCACAAAAAGGAUCAAAUUUGUUCGGGAAGAGUGGCGCAGGAAAACCUCGGGAAUCCUAGAACUCGCCUUAGACGACGAUGACCUCAAGACUGUAGACUAUCUCGGGUUUGCGGUAGUGAUGAUUAAAGACGAUCCUAGGAACCAGGAUUACUGUAUCACGCUGCUUGCGGAGAGACAAGACGGAGUAUUUGUAAGCCCUGUCGACACCUUUGCUUUCCGCAAGGAGCCCCACAGCUCCUGGUCCAUGAGGCUCCGAGUGUUCAGAUUCGGGAUGUCUGCAUCUGGAAUUGUCCUGAAGCCUCGACUGUACCAUCCAAAGAAUGAUUCCAACACGGUCACAGUCCGAGAGUGCACGACUGACUCCUAUGGUAUCUGUAACCUGGAGUUUACGUCUGGCGAUCCUGGAAGGCCUCGGAAGCACAACCAGGUAGACGGACAGUUGUUCCUGUACGGCAUACACUCAUACACAUCAGGAGAGUCAGAGGCAGUAGAUGGCCACGAAGUGAGGGAUUUAAACGUUUGUGUCCACGUGUUUUCGACGUUCAGCUACACUCCCGGUAGCGUGACCUGGUACAGCGACGUCUACCCAAUAUUCCAACAGUACGCCAACCUGUACCCUGUCAUGAAGCCUAUCGUUAACCUAGCCAGCUACGAAGACGUAACAGCCAACCUUCCUUUGCUGGAAUACGCCCUGACUCUCCCCGAGACACACCCCAACCACAUGCCGAUAAGUCGGGACCUUUCCCAGGCUAAACGAGAGAUGAUACUGUCUUGGUUAAGGGACACAGGCGGUGGGAAGCGUCUUCCUCCGUUAGGAACCGCUCCGUGGGGCCUGAAGGAUCUACAGAAGACACUCCAGACAGCCCUAGAACUGGAACUGGCCACGAUUCCUCCUUACCUUACCGCUAUGUUCUCCCUAAAGGACGGGCGUAACCAGGAGGUAGCGACAGUCAUUAAAAGCGUUGUCCUGGACGAGAUGAAGCAUUUGACGCUGGUGGCAAACCUACUGAACGCUGUUGGCGGUGAACCGAUAUUGAACAGAUCGUCUGUGGUUUUGUCGUACCCAUCACCUCUGCCAGGUGGCGCUAACCCGGGGCUGGUGGUCGAGCUAGCAAGAUGCUCGAAAAACCAAAUCCGUUCCGUCUUUCAGGCAAUGGAAAGACCUGACUGUGAAAAGGAGUUUGACAACAUUUAUCGAAGUCUCCGUAAACUCUCCCAGAGGACUGUUCACUCCGCUGCCUCAGUAGAAAAUCUUGAAGCUAAUGAAAUCCUACACAAUUGUAAGAAAUUAUCGAAAAGGCCACAAACUAUUGGCGCAAUGUACAUCCACGAGAUUCUCUGUCCAUUGGUGAUACUUACAAAAAAGACUUCUGGUGCGAUAUUCAAAAAAGGCGACCCCAAGAAGCAAAUAUCCCGUGAACAUUGGCUUGCUGACAGCGACUACCCUCCAUUCAAAGUCCAUGACUUUAGUUCGGCAGUUCGAGCUAUAGCAACCAUCGUGUUGGAGGGCGAAGGAAGCGAUCCAUGCAACCCUCUAGAUGAAUCUGGAGAGCCCUCGCACUACUUCAAGUUUGCCGAAAUAUUGUACGGAAAACGGCUGGUCAGAAUGAACGAUCCUCAAGCCCUGUUUGGUAAAUGCUCCGACAGGUUCUUUCCUUGUGAUGAGGACAUGAAGUGUGACAAACGCCCUGGGUUCGUGUUCGCUGGGCGACCUGUGCCGUUCUUCCCAGACGACGUCUGGCCGAUCAUUUCCAACCCUCGGUCCGACAGGUACCACCCGGCUCAAGAGCGCGCAGGUUCUCCGAUAGAUUCAACAAGAUCUUUACGGACAAUCUGAAAUGCCUUCAUACGGCUUUCAAUGGAGACCCGGCUAAGGUUAAAGAAUGCACGGGCACGAUGCAGGCAUUGACCGUCUGGGCCAAGAAGCUGGUUCGCACGCCCCUUGACCCGGAAGGACAUCCAAACGACGGGCCCAAUGCCGCACCAAGCUUUGAGUUCUAUGAAGAAUGAAAUGACUACGUGCUGCUGGAAAGUCACAAUACCAGCUUUGUAUUUCUGUGGUUUUAAUAGUAACAUUUUUAUUUUUUCGCCGGAAUUUCUUUUUAUUCG